GUCGAAGCUCCGUGUUGUCGGCGACAUCAGUCCUCACCACGCAUAUCACCAUGGCGAGCCUCCGCGGGCUGUCACGGCCGGCAUGUAGCCUCCCUCUUUCUCAAUUGACACGCCAGACAUGCACAGCCGCGGCUGUGCGAUGCGUGUCGUCACAGGCCGCCGAGGCCGCUGCCCCGGUCCUGUCCGAACUCGAAAACUCGACACUUAGCGCACCGAAAUUGAGCGAGGAGGAGAAGAAGCAGUUUAGGCCAUGGAAGCGUGCUGCCGAUAGGAAAUAUCAGCUUCCAGGCUCGAGGUAUCAAUACCAUCCUCCAAAGUACAACCGCGGUCCCCUCCACCCGAUCCAGUCCCCUCCCUCCUCGGACCCAGUGGCGCGUGACUUCGUCCCGGGCCCGUUCAACCUCCCGCGGCUCAAACAAACCUACCACUCGACCAUCGCGCCGGACCUCAUGACGCUCACCUACACGCACGUGCCGCCGGGCACGCCGAAGGAGGAGACCCCCCAACGGCUGCGUGCCUGGGACGGGUCCUCCCCUUACCACAAGAACCGCCCGCUGCGCGGGCCCCGCGGCGGCGCGGUGCUCCGGGUGCUCGAGCGCGACAUCACCUUCAACAACAUACCCGAGAUCCGCGAGAUCACCAUCGCCAGCAACGUGCCCGAAGCGGUGCAGGACCCGGACCACCUGCUGGUGGCGCGCAGCGUGCUGCUCGCCCUGACGGGGACGACGCCCGAGAUCACAAAGGUCAAGUCCAACGUGGUGCAGUGGCGUAUCAAGAAGGGCGACAAGGCCGGCGUGAAGACGACCAUCACCGGGCACGCGGCAUACGAGUUCUUGGACCGCUGUAUCAACCUGGUGUUUCCGAAGAUCAAGGAUUGGAGGGGCAUCCGGGCGACGACGGGUGACAGCGCCGGUAACCUUGCGUUCGGCCUCACGCCGGACGAGGUCAAGCUGUUCCCCGAGGUGGAGGCCAACUACUGGCUCUACCCGGCCAAGAUGAUGCCCGGCUGCAGGGUAUUCAUCAAGACGACGGCCACCUCGGAUAGACAAGCGCGGCUGCUGCUGCAGGCGUUUGGUGUGCCAUUCUACGGGCCGGUCCGGGAUUAGAUUCGGAUAGGUUCUACAUGUAACAAUACGAACUUGUGUAUACUUGUAACUUCACCUUAGAGAGAGAGAAGGUGGAUCAAUGCGAAGAAUAUCAACGGCCAUUGUUUUGCCCAUGUUUCUUUUGUAUCCCUUUCCUGUUUAAAACUUC